UUCAAAGGGUGGCCGUCACUCCAAUCUCUCCCUGUGCCCUACAUUACGUAACAAUGUCUCUCAUUGUGGACGCUCUGAUCCACUUCUGCAAUGUCUCCACCAUAGGCCUGUGCGGUUUCAUGAAGGUGCCGCAGAUCCACGCCAUCGUAAAAGCCAAAUCUGUGAAAGGGUUGAGCUUAGCCAGCUUGAUUUUAGAGCUUACAAGCUACGUCAUCACACUCAGCUACAAUGUAUAUGCCGGCUACGCCCUGAUCACAUAUUUUGAGUACCCGCUGAUGGUAACACAAGAUGUCGUCAUGCUUGCCAUCUUCCUGUCACUGACUGGCCGACUGUCUCCACUUGUCAUACUCCCGGCAGCGGCAGGGGCCUACUUUUCGUACUCCAUUGCUAUGGGCUUGCUCUCCGAGGCCUUCAUCAAGACGCUUGUGGGACUGUGCACACCCAUCUCCGCCAGUAGCAAAGUGGUGGCUCUGCUGGCGAUCAUCAGCAGCAAGAAUUCGGAAACCGUCUCCGUCUCUGCGUGGUCCAUCUCCGCCUACACAUGUCUUACCCGGAUUUUCACCAUCUAUGUAGAGUCGGCCGAUCCUGUCCUCCUCCUGAACUUCAUAACCUCACUGGUUCUGAACUUGCUGAUCAUCACAGCUGCGAUCUAUUACAAGCCACGUGCAAAGAAGGAUUAAAAAGAACGAAAGCAAAUACACAACAUUGAUAGCACACUCUUUUUUUUUUUUUUGUGCAGUUUAAGAAAUGGUUUUUGUGAUUUUAAAAAAAUUAUUUACUUAUUUAUAUAUAUAUUUUUUUUAUAUAUGUGUGUGUGUGUGAGAAGGUGUCUUCGAAAUGUUACCUUAAUUCUAUAAAGUCAAUUUUCAUUUAAGGGGAAUGAAGAGUGUAAGUUUGGUAAAUAUCCUGAUAUACUGUUCAAAUGUGCCUGUAUAAUAUAACGAGAUGGUCACACAGUCUCUCAACAAGAGGCCUAUAUGUCUUUGUAUCUCAGGGCCUGUUCAUUGAUUUGGUUAUUAUUGUUUUUCAUGAUUGUUAUUUUUUAUGCUUAUUAUUAUUAUUAUUAUUAUCUGGAGCACUUUUUUUUUUUUUUCUUUUUGUGCCAAUCUGUAAUGACAGGAAAUUCUCUUCUGUAGUGACAGAGGUGUCUUGUUAGCAACUGCAAACAUGAAUAUGGAAUUGAAGAGUAAAUGCAUGUUCGAUUCAGAGAGUUAUAUGCACGUGUAAGUGCGGUGAUAUAGACAGUGUAUGAAUGAGGUUUCCAGUGCAAGGUCAUUCACUUUAAAAAUUACAUUAAUGUUGCACCAUUGUUGAUAAGGAUGAAAUUCCUUCUUCCUUUCUGUUCAUUGCAUUAAAUGCUCAGGUACAAAGUCAUAUAGUUAGUAGCUUAUAGAAAUGCAUUAUUGCAUUUUUUCCUUCACUGACAGAUUUUGAAAUCAAAAUAGUUAUUUCUUAAAAAAAAACAGCAAAAAAAAAAAAACAGGAAGACUUUCCCUUUUGUGUGUAUGAGGUAUGAAUAAAUUGUAUUUAUUUUUCUGAUUAUGUUAAUUUCUGUUUACGAUUUGCGUCAAAAACAAGCUAGUCUAAAUCCAUGACUAGUCAUCAUGUGUGCUCAUGACAUUUGGAACCUUUUUUUUGUUUUACUAAGCAUUAAUAAUUUUAUUUCAAUGCAUUUAUUAAAAUUGCAUUAAGAAGCUGCUAGACCAGGCAGGUUAGGAAAGUUCAUGGAAAUACAAGAGCUUGAGAAUGAUAUCUACUGGUAGAAUAUUGAUGCAGCUUUUAUGACAAUACAUUUACAUUUAGUUGGACCAGACACGUCAAAGUGUGCAUUUUUACAAGUACAAGUAUGUAAUGGAAGUACAUAUCAGAGACAAUAUUUCAUCUUUUUUUUGUAAUUUGUUGUUGAAUCUACACAGUGCCCCUCCCCCUCCCCCACUCUCCCUCACCUUUUCCCCCUUCCCCCACUCUCCCUCUCCCUUACCCUC